UUUCAUUUCUUCUUCUAUUAUUGUUGAGUGUUGUUCAUUCCCAUAAGUAAUCCUUCACUUGUUUUAUUUAUUAUAAGUUGUAUCAUUCUUCCAACUUCAUCUAUAAAAGGCCUCUUCAUAGUCCCUAAAUUCCCAUCUUGAUUCAAAUCAUUAAAAAUGAAGUUAUUUCUAGUCCUUUUCUCUUUAGCUUUGUUACUUAGGCUCGGGGAGAGUUUCGAUUUCCACGAGAAGGAGUUGGAGACUGAGGAAAAAUUCUGGGAGUUGUAUGAGAGAUGGAGAAGCCAUCACACUGUGUCGAGGAGUCUUGACGAGAAGCACAAGAGGUUCAAUGUGUUUAAGGCCAAUGUACGCUAUGUUCAUAACUUCAACAAGAAGGAUAAGCCUUAUAAGCUGAAACUGAACAAGUUUGCAGACAUGACUAACCAUGAAUUCAGACACCAUUAUGCUGGUUCCAAGAUCAAGCAUCAUCGUACUCUUUUUGGAGCCUCGCGAGCAAAUGGAACUUUCAUGUACGCUAACGAGGAUAAUGUCCCUCCCUCUGUUGACUGGAGAAAGAAAGGUGCUGUUACUCCUGUCAAAAACCAAGGCCACUGUGGAAGUUGCUGGGCAUUUUCAACUGUGGUGGCAGUAGAGGGGAUAAACCAAAUCAAAACAAAGGAGUUAGUAUCUUUAUCAGAGCAAGAACUUGUUGACUGUGACACUACACAAAACCAAGGAUGCAAUGGAGGGUUGAUGGACAUGGCAUUUGAGUUCAUCAAGAAGAAGGGAGGCAUCAAUACAGAGAAGAACUAUCCUUACAUGGCUGAAGAUGGCAAGUGUGACAUUCAAAAGAGGAAUUCUCCGGUGGUAUCAAUUGACGGACACGAGGAUGUUCCUCAAAAUGAUGAGGAAGCACUGCUUAAAGCAGUAGCCAACCAGCCUGUUUCUGUAGCUAUACAAGCUUCAGGUUCUGACUUCCAGUUCUACUCAGAGGGUGUAUUCACUGGAGAAUGUGGUACUGAGCUGGACCAUGGAGUCGCAAUUGUGGGCUAUGGUACAACCCUCGAUGGAACCAAAUACUGGAUCGUGAAGAAUUCGUGGGGACCUGAAUGGGGAGAAAAGGGAUACAUUAGGAUGCAGCGCGAGGUUGAUGCUAAAGAGGGGUUGUGUGGUAUAGCAAUGCAACCAUCCUACCCCAUCAAGACUUCAUCAACCAACCCCACAGGAUCUCCUGCAACCACACCUAAGGAUGAACUCUAAGUUACACAGUCAGCCUCAUACACCGUCUCUAUGCAAGUAUUAGGCAUCUAUUCAGAAACAUGUCAAUUUACAUAAUAUGCACUUAUUUUCAAUCUGUAAUGUUCUUUAGACUGCAUUGGAAUUUGAUUUGACGAAUGUUACCUUUCCUGUUAAA